AGGAGAAGCAACUUGAAAAAAGCUGAUUGGCAAUAUGUCAGAAACUGCAAGAACUGAGAAGAACAGUUCAAAGAACAUUUAUGGUGACCCACCAAAGAUCAGUAUUAGUCUUCCAGGGAUAAGUGAACUAACCCAGAAUUCUAAACACUGGAGGGAUGUUCAACUCCCAAUUGACAUUCUGUUGUUAACAGUGAAGGACUGUGAGUUCUUAAGUUGCUACUAUUACAUUGUUGAUCCAUUCAGAAGCUAUUUUAAAGGGCUUGGUCAUGUAUACUUUGGAAGCAUUGGUGAUGAUCAAGAUGUUAAACUGAAAGUUGCUUUGAUGAAAUGCACAGAGGGUUCUAAAGUUCCUGGUGGUGCUUUGACUGUUGUAAAGAAUGCUGUCACUCAGCUGAGGCCAAAAGCUGUCUUUUCUGUGGGCCACUGUGUUGGUAUGAAUCAGGAAUCAACAAAGCUGGGGGAUGUGGUUGUAUCAGAAAAACUCACAACCUAUUCCUAUCAGAAGGUUACACAGGAUGGAAAGAAGUUUCAUGGGUUCAUAACUCCUGUAAGCAGAGACAUUGCUGACCUCAUCAAAUGUGCAGGUUAUGGUUGGAAUCCACCCUUAGAGAACCCUAACAAAAGGAAAGUUGAAGUCCACUGUGGUGAGGUUUUGAGUGGUUCUGAGCUCGUACAAGCUGAGUGGCGACGAGAUGAAUUAGUGAAGUCAUUUCCUGAAGCAAUUGCAAUUGAAACAGAAGGAGAGGGAGUUUUCAGUGCAGCACAUGAACUGAAAAUGGAGUGGGUUGUUGUCAAGGGUAUUUCAGGGUAUGCAGAUGGAGCUGAAGAGAAAGAAAACUGGCAAACAUUUGCAAGUGUAACAGCAGCUUCUCUUGUUGUCAGCAUUCUAAACCAGAGCAGUAUUUUUGAAGAUUGGCCACAUUACAAAGGCAAACAGAUCAACUUUUAUCUUUUUUAGGCCUACAGUAUAUUUGCUCUCAGUCACUAGAUAGUCUUGUAUGCUGUUUAUUUUUGCCUCUUAUGAAUGUGCUGGAACCGAAUUACCAAAACUGAGUUAAAAACAUGAAUAAUGACCUAUGAUCAUGCACUGACUGAUCAGAACAGCUCUUGGAUCAGAAAGGUUACAUGUUUGUCAGCAAUUUCACAGACUCUGCCUAUGUUUGAGAUUCUUUCAAGCUUUUCAUAGCAUUUUCUCUCUGAGAAGAAGACAACCAACCCCCAAAUAAUACACCUAAAAAC